UUCAAAUUUUUCUCUCUCUUCUUCUUCUUCUGAUUCUUUCAAGUUUCUCUGGUUUUUCCUGGUCAAAAAAAAGGGGAAAAAAAAACUUCUUUUUUCUUUUUUCCUAGUUAAUAUGGCGGAAGCUCCUACCCAGACCCAACAACCUCGUCCUGUAGUUUACGUUGUUUUCCAGAUCGGUAGCGUUGGAGCCGUCAGCGAUAAUAAACCUGGGCCGGCGCCGGCUUCUAAAGCUUCCAUAGAAGCAAUGCAAAGGAUAAAAGUGGAAGAGAGUGGCAAAGAUUGUUGUAUUUGUUUGGAAGAGUUUGAAGUUGAAGAAGAAGCAAGGGAGAUGCCAUGUAAGCAUGUGUUUCAUUCGGGUUGUAUUGAGAAGUGGUUGUUGACCCAUGGGUUAUGCCCGGUUUGUCGCUUCAUGAUGCCGCCUGAGACGACUGAAACGGGAGGCGGUGACGGUGAUGGUGAUCGGCGAAGAAUGGAGGGUGGGGAGAUCAAUGGUAUGGAAUUUUUACAAUCGGCUUUUGCAUUUGCUAGCUUGGCUAGCAUGAUGAGUAUGGUGGGUUCGGGUUGGGCUUUCCGUCAACCUGAUUCGGAUCGAGUUGAUGAUGAUAGGUCUUCCAAUCAAAGCACGGAUUGCAAUUGACGCAAAUUUUCUUUUUUGAAUUGUAUUAUAUAUUUUACCGUUUAAGAAGGGAGUAAAUUGUAAAUAAAUAAAAAGAUAUUAAUUUAUUGUUAUUCAAAAUAAAAGUCUCCUAAGAUCAUCCAAUACAAGCUUUACUUUUUAUUGUCAGUGAAUUUUC